CCCACUCUUGCCAGCACUGUUCCUCUAGCAAUUGCUCAUCCUUCUUCACAGCAAGCAACAAGAAGACAGUACAUGCCAAGAUGCCUGGUCUCAGGAUACUGGUGCCCGUCAAGCGGGUCAUUGACUACGCUGUCAAACCCCGCGUAAACCGCGCCCAAACCGCGGUCGAAACCGCCAACGUAAAACACUCUAUGAACCCCUUCGACGAGCUCUCCAUCGAAGAAGCCGUGCGCCUUCGCGAAAAGAAGUCCACUCCUGUGGAGGAAAUCGUCGCCUUCAGCGCCGGGCCCCCUAAAGCGCAGGACAUCCUGCGCACCGCCAUGGCCAUGGGCGCCGACCGCGGCAUCCACGUCGUUGUCGAGGAGAAGGAUGCGCUGGAACCGCUGGGCGUGGCGAAGCUGCUGCGCAAAGUGGUCGAUGAGCAGAAGAGCAAUUUGGUGAUUCUCGGCAAGCAGAGUAUUGAUGAUGAUGCGGGGCAGACGGGGCAGAUGCUUGCUGGGCUGCUGAACUGGCCGCAGGCGACGCAGGCUAGCAAAGUUAGCAUUGAGGGCGAUAGCGUUACGAUUAUAAGGGAGGUUGACGGCGGUGUGGAGACACUGAAGACGAAGUUGCCGAUGGUUAUUACAACGGAUUUGAGGCUGAAUGAGCCGAGGUAUGCGAGCCUGCCGAAUAUUAUGAAGGCGAAGAAGAAGAAACUGGAUAAGAAGACGUUGGGUGACUACGGGUUGGAUAGCGAGGUUAGGUUGAAGACGGUCAAGGUUACUGAGCCGCCGACAAGGAAGGCGGGUGUCAAGGUGGAAGAUGUGGAUGGCAUGAUUGGCAAGCUGAAGGAGCUUGGUGCUUUGUAAGGACUUCGCUGGACGGCCAGUGUGGUGUGUAUGUGUAUAUAGCAUGUUUUUGAU